GUGACUUGUCAUUUCAGAGGAAACAAACUGUUCUCUCUCUCUGUCGUUGUGAGUUCAGGAAAAUGGCUGAGGCCAGUAUUUCAGUAGCUCAGGACCAGUUCAUGUGUCCAGUGUGUCUGGAUCUCCUGAAGGAUCCGGUGGCUAUCCUCUGUGGUCACAGUUUCUGUAAGGCAUGUAUUAAUGGCUGCUGGGAUCAGGAGGAUCAGAAGGGCGUCUACAGCUGUCCUCAGUGCAGAGACACUUUCAUGACAAGGCCUGUUCUAUGCAGAAACAACAUGCUGGAUAAAGUGGUGAAGAAACUGAAGAAGACUGAAGUCCAAGCUGCUGCUUCUGCUCACUGUUACGCUGGACCUGGAGAUGUGGAGUGUGAUUUCUGCACCAGGAGAAAACACAAAGCUGUCAAGUCCUGUCUGAUGUGUUUGACUUCUUAUUGUGAAACUCAUCUGAAACCUCAUCUUGAAGUUCCUGCUUUGAAAAAACACACAUUAAUUGAAGCCUCAGCAAAAGUCCAAGAGAAGAUCUGCUCUGAACAUAACAAGCUGAUUGAGAUCUACUGUCGUACUGAUCAAACCUGCAUCUGUUAUUUGUGUAUGUUGGAGAAACAUAAAGACCAUGACGCUGUUUCAGUUGCAACAGAAAGAGCUGAGAAACAGAGUGAGUUAAAGGAGGAGCAGAUGAAAUCCCAGCAGAGAAUCCAGGAGAAGCAGAAGAAGGUGCAGGAGCUGAAACAGGCUGUGAACACUAUAAAGCUCAGUGCACAGACAGCAGUGGAGGACAGUGAGAGGAUCUUUACUGAGCUGAUCAGCUCCAUGGAGAAAAAGCGCUGGGAGGUGACGGAGCUGAUCAGAGAUCAGGAGAAGGCUGAACUGAGUCGAGCUGAACGACUCCUGGAGCAACUGGAGCAGGAGAUUGCUGAUCUUCAGAGGAGAGUCACUGAGCUGGAGCAGCUUUCACACACACACGAUCACAUCCAUUUCCUCCAGGUAACACUCACUGUUUUAGCUUCUGGACGUCGCUCUCCUCAAUUACCCAGACCAUCAUUUCACACAUCCAGCGUCACUGUCCAUCAACAUCUCUCAUUUGAUGGAGUGAGGAAUUCUCUCUCAGAUCUGAAAAAGAGACUCGAGGAAUUCUGUGAGGAGGAAUUCAACAAAAUCCCUCCACAUGCUGCAGCAGUUCAGAUCAUUUCAGAACCAGGACCACAGAGCAGAGAAGAGUUUCGGAAAUAUUUCUGUUAUCUGACUCUGGAUCCCAACACGGCACAUCGUCGCCUCAUUCUGUCUGAGAAGAACAGAGCGGUGAGAGUCAGUGGGAGAGCGCAGCGUUACUCUGAUCAUCCAGAGAGAUUUGAUUACUGGUGGCAGGUGUUGUGUAAGGAGAGUGUGUGUGGACGCUGUUACUGGGAGGUGGAGUGGAGCCGUGCUGAUGGUGUGGACAUAUCAGUCUCAUUUAAAGACAUCAGCAGGAAAGGACAGGGUGAUGAGUGUCGGUUUGGAGGCAACAAUCAGUCCUGGAGUCUGUGGUGUUUUUCUUCUUCUCUCUCUUUCUGGCACAACAACAUUAAGACUGAUCUCAGAGUUCCAUCACCCUCCAGAAUAGGAGUGUAUGUGGAUCACAGUGCAGGAACUCUGUCCUUCUACAGCGUCUCUGAUACGAUGAAGCUCCUCCACAGAGUCCACACCACAUUCACUCAGCCUCUAUACGCUGGGUUUGGGGUUCCUGGUUCUACAGUGAGAUUGUGUGAUCCAGAAUAAAAGUUUGUAAUGUUUUCUGUAAAAUUCCUGCACGUUGCCACGUUGUUGCUCAGUCGUCUGUUUCACUAGAACACAACAGAUGAAUAAUUUAAAAUAAUUAAAAAGGAAAUGUUAAAAAUUAACUGUCAGACAAGAAACUCGCCAAAUUUAAAAAGAAAAUGAUCUCAUGACCUUCGCAUUAUAAAGUUGUGUUUGUUUCAUAUUAAGCAGCGUCUCAUUAAAUAACUAAUAAACAGUAAUAAAGCCAGAACAGAACAACAUUUUAAACCUGUUCAGGUCACACUAUAUAAAAAUAAAACAUCACUUUUGGAAUGAAUUUGAUUUUUCUGCUUGUGUUCUAAGAUGUAAAAUCCACAUUCACUUUUUCAAAUCUGAAGUUGUUUCUAAACCCUGAGAUUUGAUUGUAAAACAUUGAACAAUAUUUAAACUCCAUUAGAACAUCCAGUACAUGAUCGGUUCAGGCUGCCGAUGUCGUGUUCAUCCCAUAUUCAGCCUGGAUGAUGAUUGGCCCGCAGAUAGAACCUUAUAAAUCCAGGUUUAUCUGUGAGUUUGGGAUUUUUAUUCAAAUAUUACAAUCAAAGCUUUGCAGAAUAAAAGAUAAGAGCACAGGAGAAUAAAGUUUCCCCCAGUGAUGGAGUUUCUGUGCUGAACUCAUUUUCAGACAGAAGCAAAUUCAACCUUUUCCUGAGAGUUUCAGCAGCUGGAUAAAUAUUGUUCAGUAUUUUAAACUGAAUUUCUUUCACUGUGGGUGAAAUUGGCCAUGUAAGAUAACUACAGUGUGUAUUUGUUAGCAUUCCUCCAUCAUCAGUUAUUCUUACUUUUAUUUUUUUUUAUAUCAGGGAAUAGCUUCCAUUUUAAAACAUUUCUAAUUCCUUUGGUGAAAUUGGGAAGCCUUGUCUGAUUCCACGUAAAAUCUUAAAUUGAAUAAUUGAUUGGUAAUCAAUCAUAUCCAGAAUCAGUCGGACGUGGUUUUGAAUAUAUCUUCCCUUCAUGAAGGCUGAUUGAUAUUCGUCUACAAGUUUUACAAGUCCACGCUUUAGACGAUUAGCAGAUACUAAGGCAAGUAAUUUAUAAUCAUUGCAUAGUAAGGUUAUAGGUCUCCAAUUGUCUAGCAACAAGAAGUCUUUUUUGGGUUUUGGUAGCAAGAUUAUUAAGCCUGUCUUCAUAGCCAGGGAGAAACAUCCUUUGUGAAUGCAUUCUAAAAAUGCUCUAUAUAAUAUAUUUUUUUUAAUAUCCACCCAAAAGUAUUUUAAAAAUUCAGAUGUUAAGCCAUCGAUUCCUGGUGAUUUACCGUUUUUCAUUAAUUUUAAUGCAAUUUCAAUUUCUGUUAUAGUUCAUUCCUCAUCAAGUGUGUUUGUCUUCAUCCAUUUUUUUGAUGUCAUCAUUGAUGGGAUAAAAUAAGACGUCACAUUCUGAUUUAUUAAAUUUAAGUUACAAUAAAAGAGCCAAAUUCCAUCCUGUACUCAUUUCUGAUCUUCUAUUAUAUUAUCAUUGGUCGUAAGGUUACUCAUUUUUUUCUUAGUUUGUCUUUGUUUUUCAAGUCUGAAGAAAUACGAUGAACUUUUUUCACCCUGUUCGAUCCAUCCAGCUCCUGGCUGAGUGGAAGCUCCAUUUGCCUUUAUUAUGUACAUUUCGUCUAGUUGAGACUGCAGCGACUGUAAUUCUGAAAUGUUUUCUAAGGAUAGUUGUGUGUUAUUUACUAAUGUAUUAAUUUUAUCAAUCAGAUCAUUUUGUUCUUGUCUCCUUAUAUGUGAAAGUUUUUUACCCAUGCCAAUUGCUAUUUGUUUGACCUUAAACUUAAACCAUUCCUAUUUACUCCUAUCAGACAUGU